AUUUAUCCAUAGAGCCCAAAGUGUUUGAGUCUCUGUGUGUGUGUUCUUGGAGGUUCUUUUGACCACAAAAUUCUGUGCUUGUCUGUCUGCGUGGUUUGAUCAUCUUGAACUGCAUUUCCGUGGGGUAAGCAAAAUGGCUUCGUCCGUCGAUCCACUGGUGGUGGGUCGCGUGAUCGGCGACGUGGUCGACAUGUUUGUGCCGAGCGUGAGCAUGUCCGUGAGCUACGGCUCGAAGCACGUCACCAACGGCUGCGACAUCAAGCCCUCCAUCUCGGUCAACGCCCCCAAAAUCAGCAUCUCCGGCCACCCGGACGAGCUCUACACCUUGGUGAUGGUGGAUCCUGAUGCACCGAGCCCUAGUGAGCCAAGCAUGCGAGAGUGGAUCCACUGGAUCGUGGUUGAUAUCCCUGGAGGCACAAACCCUAACCGAGGAAAAGAGAUAUUAACCUAUGUGGGGCCGCGCCCACCGGUGGGGAUCCACCGCUACAUCCUGGUGCUGUUCCAGCAAAAGACUCCCAUCGGCCACAUCGACCACCCCAACUCCCGCGCCAACUUCAACACCCGCCUCUUCGCCGCCCACCUCGACCUCGGCCUCCCCGUGGCCACCGUCUACUUCAACUCCCAGAAGGAGCCCGCCAACCGCCGCCGCUGACAUCCGAGAGAGAAGCCGCGAGGGCCGGCCGGCGAGGGAAAAGCCGGCGUGGGAAAAGCCUAAAGGUGCGGGCGGUUAUGGUUAUGGAGUCUUAAUUAAGCGUUGAACCUUUUAAUGUAUGCCGUGUUUGGUUGCGUAUUAUUGCUAAUAAUAUGUCUAGGCGUCCUUAUAAUUACUAUGAGGAAGUGAAGGAGGGAGAGAGGGGACAGGGAGAGAUCGAAUUAUGAUAUUUGAAGCGUGUAUCGAGGAGUGAAGUCUUCUUGCGCUCUCCAAGUGUAGGCAAUUGAGCAAAAAAGAAGAAAGGAGUCAUGGAUUUCUAUAUAAAUCUUAUUAUAUUAUAA